GAUGGAGGGAUAUGACGUUAACAUGAGUGUGAUGAGAAAAGGUGCCUGGACUCGAGAGGAAGAUGAUCUUCUCAGGCAGUGCAUUGAGAUUCAUGGAGAAGUAAAGUGGCACCAACUUCCUUACAAAGCAGGCUUAAACAGGUGCAGGAAGAGCUGCAGAUUAAGAUGGUUGAACUAUCUAAAGCCAAAUAUUAAGAGAGGGGACUUCACAGAGGAUGAAGUAGAUCUUAUGACUAGGCUUCACAAGCUUUUAGGAAACAGGUAUUAA